AUGAUAUGGCUACCCAAAAACGCCAAAUCACACCCUGUCCCAGCAAUUCUCGAAUACUUACCAUACCGAAAGCGAGACAUGACUGCCGUGCGUGAUGCCAUGAACCAUCCAUACGUCGCAGCUCACGGCUAUGCUUGUGUCCGCGUUGAUAUGCGAGGAACAGGUGAUUCUCAAGGCAUCCUACGAGGCGAAUACCUGCCGCAGGAACAAGACGACGCUUUAGAGAUUCUGACGUGGAUCGCUGCGCAAGACUGGUGUACAGGAUCAAUAGGCAUGAUUGGCAUCUCAUGGGGCGGUUUCAAUGGGCUACAAGUUGCAGCUCGUCGACCACCUGAGCUCAAGGCUGUUAUCUCAAUCUGUUCUACUGAUAUGCGCUAUGAUGACGAUAUUCAUUACAUGGGCGGCUGUAUCUUGACAGAAAAUCUGACCUGGGCUGCUUCUAUGUUUUCAAUCAACUCGUCGCCUCCCGACCCAGCAAUAGUCGGUGAUCAGUGGCGGGAACUCUGGUUGAAACGACUUGAAUCAGGUGGCCUUUUCGCAGAAGAGUGGCAUCAGCAUCAGCGACGCGACGAUUUCUGGAAGCACGCGUCUAUCGGCGAAGACUACAGCUCCAUCCAAUGUCCUGUUUAUCUCGUGGGCGGAUGGAUGGAUCCUUAUACCAACACCAUCUUCAGGAUGUUGGAGAACUUGAAGGUGCCUAGAAAAGGCCUUGUUGGUCCAUGGGGGCACAAGUACCCCAACUUUGGAUAUCCUGGGCCGCAGAUUGGGUUCCUGCAGGAGUCGAUUAGGUGGUGGGAUAAGUGGUUGAAAGGAAGCGAGACGGGAAUUAUGCAUGAACCCAUGCUUCGAUGUUAUCUUCAAGAUCCGACCCCUCCUGCCCCGUAUAUGGAACAUCGGCCUGGACGUUGGGUCGCGGAGGAUAAUUGGUCUGAUUCGAAGUCUUCUUUUCUGAGGCUGGGUCUUUCGCCUGGCCAGUUGACGACCGGCAGUUCAAGCAGCGACGAGAAGCUUGAGAUCUGCUCCCCUCAAACAGUGGGAUUUGCGGGCGGUAGAUGGUUAGUCUUUGGCGUUGAGGGCGAAGGACCUGGUGAUCAACGUCUGGAAGCUGGAGGAAGUCUGGUGUUCGAUACGCCAGUUUUGACCGAACCUAUGAGCUUGCUCGGGGCUCCGAUCUUGAAGGUCCGCGUUGCGAGUGACAAGGUAAAUGCGCUCAUUGCAGCGACCUUGUCGGAAGUACUACCGAGCGGCGCAGCUACCAAGGUCUCUCAUGGUGUUCUCAACUUGACGCAUCGGCAUGGUCAUGAAGAUGUGCGACCUCUAGAGCCUGGGAAGUUCUAUGACGUUACGCUCAAGCUGAAUCACUUUGGGCAGUGCAUCGGUGCUGGGAGUCACCUUCGUCUUGCGUUGUCCUCGACGUACUUCCCUUUAGUCUGGCCAUCUCCCGAAGUCACGACACUCACGAUCGACUGUGCCCACAGCACUCUAGAUCUGCCAGAACGCGGCGAUAACCCUCAAGACUCCCAGCUCAAACCGUUUAAACCAGCCGUCAACGGAUCCCUUUCACAAACUGAAAUCCGACCAGCGAAACACAGAAACUACGUCACGAACGAUUGGGACUCUGGUGAGACUGCUCUCUGCGUGGACUGGGAUGAUGGUAUGUGGGAAGUCAACGAAACGGGUUGGAAAUAUGGAUGGUGGACAGGCUUGAAGUCGAGUAUCGAACCAUAUGAUCCGUUGUCAGCGGAGGUUGAGCAGCGAUUUCAAAGGGACUUUGAAAGAGGUGAUAUUGUUAUCAAGACGACGGGUUGGACGAAGAUGAAGAUGACGGAAACUGAUAUGAUUAUUACAGCUCGUCUUGAUGCGUACGAGAAUGAGAAGGUUGUCUUUGGGAGGGAUUUCUCGUACACGAUUCCUAGGGACAACGUCUAA